AUGACACAACAGCCACAAUUCGUUUCCACUGAUAUGGUUUUCAAUACAUACAUCAAUCUUGAAGCCAAGUUGAAUGGUAUCAAGUCAUUGAUCGAAGGCAGUGGUGCGACGAAAGACGAUAUUUCCAAGGUCGUUACAUCCAUCGACAGUCUUGCAAGCGACAUUGAAACCAUCAAGAACGAGCAGCUGGAAAUGAAGAAUGAGCACUUGAAGCUCAAAGGCGCUGUUGAGCAGUUGCUUAUGGCGGUACCUGCUCGGCAACAAGGUGUCGAUAACAACGGAGCCAUUGCACCCAGCACCGUUAGACCCCUCGGCAAGUAUAGCCACCACGAGCCAACGGUCGACCACCCUACUACAAGUGAGUUGGAAGACAUCGAUAUUGCUGGCAACAAUGCUGAACCCGGCGUCGGCGAAGACGGUAAUCCCCAGAAAUGGGGAAAAAAGCAGUUCAACUGGGAGAUUGUUGCGUGGCUCGGUAAAGAAGUGCUGGGUGAUUUCAAUUGGGAUGACAAAAAGACUAGGACUUUCCAGAAAGUAGCAAGUGGCACCCGCUGGAAAUCGUUCAAAAACGACAGCGCCAAAAUUGCUGCUUGCACAGAGUUGGAAGACAGAGCUGUGAACUUGUUUCCACUCAAAGCUUGCACCGGCCAGUGGAUGGCACGCCUCUUGUUGGUGGAUGCUUGGCGGCGCACGUUGGAAGAUGUAGCGAAUUUUGAUGAAAGCACGAGUAUCGCUGGCGAGCUGAUUACUUUGGGACAAGAUGCCAGCCAUGUCAUCAACAGCAACAGCAAUGCCCAGGUUGAGCAAGGCGCAGACGGCAGUGAUAUUGACAGUUUGCAUGACACCACCAUCAUCACACCUAUCACCAACACCAACACCAACACCAUCAGCACAGCUGCAGUGCCAUCUUUUGGUCUUGGAUCGAGUACAGUGACACCUUCCCUCACGUUUGCUCCUCUGUCCGCCCCAUCCACCGGCACCAACGAUUCCUCUGUUCUGGCUGACGCUCAACGUGGCCGAGGAAAUGGCCAAAGUAAGGAGGAUAUAAUAAAUAGAAUUGCUCGAAUAAUCAGUAUAGCUCAUACCUCCCUUGAAAUAUAGGAACGGUGCGCGGCCGGGGAAACCGUGGCAACAACCUUAGCAAACGCAGAAGAGGCGAAUAAAACAAACACAUUUUUUGUUCUCUACUUUAUUGACAGAGAUUUGGUUCGGCAAUUCUUACAAUUCUGGCCUUGCUAAAAUUGAUAUUAACUCCCAUGGCGACUUGCUCUAUUGCAUAGUUUACACAACUACUCAUGGCUAUAUUGAAAUACUUGGUUUACAAUUGUCGCCUUUAAUGAUUGCAUACUUUGAUGCUUUAAAAGCUGUCUAUUUUGAAAGGAAAGAGUAC